AAGGGACGGAGGAACGGAGGAGGGGGUUGUGCUGGAUGGCUACUUAGUGUGUGUAGCAUUAGCUUCUUGUAGUGAACGGUUUGUUGGGAGGUUGAGUAGGGUGGUUUGACGCGGUUGCUUUUAUACUGAGAUGACCACUUGGAUUAGGAUAAUGAGAUGGUAGCAUGUCCUGGUGUCGUGGUGAUAUAUCAAGAGAUAAGAUACAGAAGGGUCAUUGCCAUUCAGGUCUUGACCCCAUUGUUAUUGAAAUAAGUCCCCAUACAGAUAUAUAUAUCAUGGAUGUGUGCAAUCCGGCGAUUGACAGGAGGAGCCCAUACAAAUAACAUGAUUAGGUCUAAAUAUAUAUUUAGACUGGGCGGUACUCCAUCGGUCACUGGCUGAUAUAAUCAUGAGGCUACUAGUUACUAGUGGUACUUACUGAAUUGCCCCUCCUGCAUGAUUGAGAAGAGAUGCACUUAUCCAGCGGUGUGCUGUAUGGAAAGAAGAGUAUAGUACCAUGCAUACACGGUACACCCUUACGUCGACAGCAGACAGUGGAAUUGAAGGCGAAGGGAAGGCCGGUGACAGAAGUAAGCUGACCAGACAGGCUACUCCAGAGGAGAUCUCACGAACGCACGAGCUCACGAUCUGAGCGACUUGUCGAGAAUCGAGAUCCAUGGUUCAAAGUAAGCGAUCGUUUCAUCUUACUCGACGAUAGAGGUAGACUCCGUAGCUGAUCGCUGGCGAAAUUACCUCAAUGGUUCCAAAUGCCGACCAGGUUGAUCCACCGAUCGCCAGACUUUCAUUCUCCAUGAUUUUCUCUAUGGGAUUGAGACUGCAGAUGAAGGAUCAUUUGCACGUUUGGUGGAGGAGUUGAACAGGCUUGCCAAGAGGAACUGAUGUAUAGAAGGGUACAUUAUUAGGAGGUCUCGUGGUGAAGAGCACAAGAUCGGCGAAUGGCGCUUAGCAAUGGCACUGGGCAGUGGCAGUGGUAUUUGGGGAAACGGUUCUACCUCGGGACGGACAGACUUUUGGGAACGGAAGUGAGACAUGCCGGUUCUUAGCCAUGCAGCUGCGGGACGGAGAAUGCUUCCUCAGCAAGGUUGCGAUAGCGAUAGAGUCGACUCAGGGGUCAACCUCGAACAUUUCCGCAAGCGUCAGAAUUGGAGGGCGAGCUGAGGUUCCAUGGUUAUCUCGAACAGUCGUUCUCCAGAAUCCUGCGCAGGCCACCCGAACAUAGCGACUCCACUUCGGUUCUCCUCCCGUCCGAGCGCAGCUGAGGUCUGUUAGCGCUUGGGAUAGAGCAGACAAGGGGACUCCAGAGUCCAGACAGAGUAAGCAGUCGUUGUGAAAAACUUCGUAUCACUGUGGAGGACCGCGGCUGGUUCCUGGCGAAAAGAGGAGGUGGUUGGUGUGGCUGCAGCUAAAGAUGCACACUUGCAGUAGUCCAGCAACUUGUCCAGGCCUUGGGGUCCCCGAAUUGCUUUUUCCCUUGAUCCCAGACCGACCUGCACGUUGGACGGUUUGCUGUUGCUGUCGCUGCUCUGGCGACGUCUGAAACUCAACCUGGCGAGUUUGCUGUCAUACCUGCUGGCUCAAGAAUUAGAGGGCAGUGGUUAGUAUGGUAGUGACUGGUAAUUGGAAAGGAGCUCGUGCAACUGAGACAGGGACUCGGCUGGAGCUGGCUGGCUGGCUGGCUGGCCUGCUUCUGGCGGCCGUUUCGACUUCUGCCCCCUUCCACGCAACCAGCCGAAAAAGAAAAGAAGAGCAGAAAAAAAUAAAAAAAAUAGUCUCCAGGCAAAAGCAGGGUCAGGACGCAAAAGAGAGUGAAAAUCAGAAGGAAAUCAGAAGCAAAUCCGGCAUCCAUACUCUAUAAUUCUGAAAAUAAUAAUCAGCAGCUUCCCUGCAGACGAACGGUUCGCUCCUUUUAGGCUCUCCUUUUCUCCUCCAUCCAGAUCGGCACGGCGUCCACGACACUCGCUCUUCUUCCUCUCCUCCACCAACUCCCCCCCCUCUUUCUCCCUUAUCUUUUUUGGGUCUUGCUAUUCUUCUUCGCUACGCUAUUUUUAUUCUCUCCCUUUUCGUUUCAGCCUUCUCGCCUCCUGCCUUCCAAUCAGCUUUCCAACCCCUCUCCGUCUUGCGCGACACCGUCGCAAUCCCAAAACUUAUGCUUCUCCUGCCCAUUCCCUUCGGAGCCCCUGAUCGCUGAACUCUUCAAACACCCCUCGAUACAGGCCGGAGAAGCCAGGUUCUCUACUGAUUGGUCUCCAUUAUCAAUGUUGUGACGAAGCCCACGACUUGCCGCGACGAUUCAUGAUUUACAACCCCGCAGACACCGACCCCGACCCUCGAUAAUUCGGCACGAUGCCUUUCUCUACCUCCUCCUCCCACUCCUCCACCGCCGAGGUCACAACCACCCCGCUCGCAGACUACUUUUGGAUAGCCGGUGUGGACGGCGCUGAGAUUCUAGACACCUUUCGCAAGCUAGGGGAUGAAUACCGCAUCUCCAACGCCGCCGCUCCCGGCCCCGCGGUGACCGACACCAUUGAGGAAGAUGCCGACGCCGAGGACGCUCACGAUCCCCGUCUGGACGGUCUGCUCUCCCGAAACCCUUCUGUGAUCGGUCCUCCCAGCUCCCAGCAGCGUCUCUCAUUUCGCUCCGACAACUCAGACCACAACGCCAACGGCACGCACAGCAACCGCAGUAGUAUGACGAUCAAGGGCGGUGCCGCUCCGUCACCGCGCGGUUCUGCGUUCCUGGGACUGGAAGACUUUGACUUUGACAAGGCGCUGUUCAAGUUUGCCUCGGAGAGGGAUUCGUUCCUGUCCGAUCUGAGUCUCAGUGCUGGUGCCAUCACGCCGCAGGCACGACCACGGUCGAGGGUGCGCACUCAAAAGAUCGUUUCCGAGGACCCGCAGCCGUCAGGACUACUCCGAUCUGGAAUUGGAAGUGUACGGCGGCACAUGUCGUUUCGUGAUAUGAACAGCAUGAAGAGGCAGCCGUCGGUGGCUCGUCAAGCCUCGAUUCGUACCUCGCGCCGUUUGAGUAACUACAAUUCCGUGAUACCCGCACCCCAGCCGUUGGAAAUAUCCCCGACCAUGCAUCCUCUGAAACGCCGGUUCGAACCAGUCCUCCUCGACCGAUACCCUCCAAAAGGCAUGGCCGAGGAUGUGAAGCAGCGCGCCCACUUUCCCGACUACGUCCCCAUGUUUGCAUUUCCAAAUGACAUCAAUAUUGUCUCUUCUGAUCAGAGACCGCGGUCGACGUGGCAUGGAUUUGCCAUGACAAGUGACAAUGGAGCUCGCUUACACGCGAUAUGUGUUAUUGUUUGGAUUCCGUUGAACCACCAAGCGGCAGACCAACUGGAAAAAUGCUGCGAGGAAUGGCGCAAGGAUAACAUGACUGACGAGGAGCGAGAACUGGCAGCGAGCCUGGGGGAGCGGCUAGCUCAGGAGCGGGCUAAGCUCUCCCGGCUCCUAGCGCAGCUUCCGACGGUGCCAUCUGGCUCUGAAUCGAGAGAACAGCUGGAGGACGAAAUCAGCGCCGUCGAGGAAAAGAUUGGCUUGAUGACCGACCUUUUGCGCCCGGUGCGUCAUGGAGCGGCAUCAAAGAUCGAAGGUCUGACCGACGGCGACACUGGUUUUUGGAUUCCUCGCGCCUACGGUAUCCUGGGCCGCGAAGAGAACAUGACGAGUUUCUGGAAAGAAUGGCUCAAAGCUGUCAUUGUUCCUAUGACUGACAACAGCAUCCAGCGCGUACCCCCGGCAUCCCCUCGGAUGGGCGUAUGGCAGCCGCUGGAACGAUACGUAAUGAAUCUAUGCACCGAAGCUUUCAGCCCUAACACUUCCAAGACACAGGUGGAACUGGCGGUUCGGGAACUGCGCCUAUUUGCUCGAAAGGAAGCCACUAAUGAACUGCCGGGAUCUCGAAACACCGAUCUAUAUGCGUUGUUCCGGACCUUAUCGCUGUCCAAUAUCAUCAUCCUCUUCGAGUAUGCGCUCACCGAAUCGCGGAUCAUCCUGUUGUCCUCGCACACAUCCAUGCUGUACCUUGCUACGCGGGCUCUGGUUGACUUACUGUUCCCGAUUCCCUGGUCUGGCGUACUGAUCCCUGUCCUUCCCGCACGGUUGAUCCAGGCUCUUGAGGCGCCUUGUCCUUACAUUGUCGGUAUCGAGCGCCGAUACGAAAAGGUUGAGCUUCCUUCGGACGACUUUGUCCUGGUGGAUCUUGACCAGGACAUGAUUGAAAGUACCGUCAAGCCAACCCCGCUGCCACGCCACCAGAGGAGGAAACUUCUCUCUCUGCUCCAGCUCGCCGCUCCCCAUCACAGCCGAUACGGAGUCCCCACUGGUCCUCCUUCCUAUGCUAUUGAGACCUUCCCAUUUGACGCGUUCAUGUCUGAGAACCCAGGCAUCUACCACUCCAAAGCACAGUCGACACAUCUGGCAAAAUAUGUAGGACUCAAUUCUGGAUCGUUUGGUCAAAGCGCUGUGCCACCCAACUCUACCCAGCCGCUCAUCUUCAAUGCUUUCCUGCAUGCCCGUAAUGAGCAGGCCGCAUCGAGAGGAUACUCAUCCAAAGGCGGAGACCGACCUGGAACGGGAUCGACUUUCAAAACUGGAUCUCCACCGUCGCCACGAGAAAGUUCGCCCAUUUCUGGACAUUUCCCACCGCUGCCCAACGCACCGGGCUCCCGCAACGAUUCAGGUCUAGCCCUCCAAGCGUCACUCCGUGAGAAGCGGUCUGGCCAUUUCGAUGCUGCAUCCCGACGCAGCUCGUCCUUUGGUAUGGAUCCGCGCCAGGUGCCUAGACGGCCGAGUGUCCCAUUCCUGGGCCAUGCACCGAACUUGUCUGUCACGACGCUGAACACUGAUUAUCAUUCUACGUAUGCACCGUCGGUGUAUGCGCAGUCUACCGUCGCGGCCUCAACCAUCGUGCCUCAGGCUGUUAUCCAGCCGAUCCACAACACUGAGGGCACCUGUUGGGUAGAGGGGCAUUGCCUGCAGCUGCAACCGUGGGAUGACAAGGCGGUCUGUUCGAUUUGCGAUGAGCGAGCCGAUGAAAACAUGUACAAGUGUGCAUCAUGUAAGACCUUGGUGCACAAUCGGUGCGCCCACCAAAUCUGCCUCGUUUGUCCUGUGGCAUUCCACCCUGAGCAAGUACGGGCAGCCUUUGUUCGAUGCUUCGCCAGCUUAUUCUACACAUACAAGAAGUUUCUUCAGCCGGCCAGUGGGGACAAGAAGAAGGCGGGUCUCACAUACAGCUUCAACAUGGAUGCAUUUUUCAAGAGCUUGCCUGGCGAGCACGCAGAAUACAUUGGUGUUUUACAGCAUACUCAAGGUUUCAACGAAUUCAUUAGCGAUAGGGAGAGGAUGAAUCCCAAGGCCAAGGACCCGCGGAUGGCACUCUUUGACGAGAUCAUCCUGUCAAAGCGGAACCGAGGCCGGUCGUCUCUCUUCUCGAGCCGGUCGACCACCGACUUUCUAUCUGAUACUUCGAACCACCUUUGGAGGACUGCAAGUGCCGCCUCCUUUGCCGCGGGCAGGACCCAGCAAAACCUUUCCGGGGACUACACCCGAGUUGUCACACGAGCCCCAGCGAAGCUCGAUGCCAGUCUUAUGAAAGAGCCCCGCAUGAUUCACGGGGCUCCUCGGGUGUCAAAGACGGCCAACAACGCUCGGCGGAAGCCCCUCCCCAAGCUCAUGAAUGGUCUCGCAAUCUCCCCGCCGUAAGGGAGGACGGACGAUGGUUGGUGGAGUGUUCUCGUCCCGGACGGUAUCAUCUGGAUGCUCUCACGACAACCGCCACGUAUUCCUCCUCCUAUCUGACACCUCCCAGACCAAUUGCGGGCCAGGCGCUCCGCGCGGGCUGCGUUGCGGAACUUUUCGACCCUUAGACUGGGCAGCUCAGCCAACAUUGAAACACUCGCUACCUUGCUCCUCUCCUGAUCUCUGCCAGACCACGGCAUUUCCCGCGUCCGACGCGAAGAAUCUGACGUCAAUUUCCUCAAAAAAAGUUUUAGACUCGCGGGCUGGACACCUCUUUCGUUUCUUUUUCACAAUCCCUUGUCGAUCUGCAGCAGCGGCUGCAGCCCGAGCUCAACCUGAUCUGAUCUUCUUUAUGACUACCCGUCAGGGUCUCAUGAGCUUCUCAUGUGCCCGCUGGUUUCAUAAAAGAUCCCGAACCGCACGAACCCUUGUACAGUUAUUGGCACAUACAUGCAUGAUAGACAUACUACUAAUCACCCGUGGGCACGGAUACCGGAUUGGGGGGUUGUAUUUGCAGGAAAUCGGCCAUGUUUUGUUCAUGUUGGGUCUACUGUUUUGUCUCCUUUUUAUACCCUUGAUACACUUCUCUCGUUUCUUGAGAUACCAAGUCACAAUCUCAUGCUCACGCUUGAUUCACUGUCGUAUCUUUUGUAUGAGCAGCAGCCUGGAAGCCGGAAGUAUUUACUACCUUGCCUCCUCGCUCCAGCCAGCCACUAAGAGCCGUUUUCUUGAUGACGGCCAGUCCCUGGGCCAAUCCUCCGGGGAGCAUGUACCGACGGACAAUUAUGGUAGGACCGGGUGCCAGGGAAGCUCUCUGGACGGUGGUAGGUGGAUAUGGGGAGGUUUUUCCUCGUAUCACGUAGGAGAUGUUGCAUUGGAUGAGAGAUCAGGGUGUUUUCGAAUGUCAUACAUUCAUUCCGUCCAUUAAUAAUGCCCUUCGCGGAGCUUCAUUCUCUGCAUUAAUAAUGGUCUUUGCUGAGCUUCAUUCUCAACCUGAUCCACCCCGAGGAGCAGCUCAAUUAAGCCGUGACCAUUGACCGUCUCAAGCAAGUCUCAACCCUUCGGUGAUCGGUAUAGACGACCCCUAAACUUUGGCUCAUUACCCAUUCAUCCUUUUACCCAGUUUUACCCCGAUCUUACCCCCCAGCUGCAUCAAAGCCAAGGCAGCGCCUGAUUGGCGGAAUAAAUUGUGCCGCAGCAAAGGCCGGG